CGGCGUCGGCGGCGACGGGGGCGCAGAGCUGGGCGAAGAUGGCGGCGCCCUGGUGGCGAGCCGCGCUGUACGGAAGUCGGAGAUGGCGGGCUUUCAGCACCUCCGCCGCCUGCAGCCGCCGGACCGCCCCGCUGGGGCCGAUGCCCAACGAGGACAUCGAUGUGAGCAACCUGGAGCGGCUGGAGAAGUACCGGAGCUUCGAGCGCUACCGGCGCCGCGCGGAGCAGGAGGCGCGGGCCCCGCACUGGUGGCGGACCUACUGGGAGCAUUUCGGGGAGAAGUCAGACCCCAAAGACAAGAUUGACAUCGGGCUGCCUCCACCCAAGAUCUGCCAGACCCAACGGCUGCUGGAGCGGAAACAGGUCCUCCGGGAGCUGCGGGAGAACAUGGAGGAGGAGCAGGCUGCCCGCCUCCGCACAGCACGGAUCCCACUGGAGGAGGUGUGGGCCGAGUGGGAGAGGACCUGCGGCCCCUACCACAAGCAGAGGCUAGCCGAGUACUACGGCCUCUACCGAGAUCUGUUCCACGGUGCCACUUUCGUGCCCCGCAUCCCCCUGCACGUGGCCUACGCCGUGGGUGAGGAGGACCUGAUGCCCGUAUACCACGGCAAUGAGGUCACUCCAACUGAGGCCACCCAGGCCCCAGAAGUGACCUAUGAAGCAGACGAGGGCUCCCUGUGGACACUGCUGCUCACCAACUUGGAUGGACACCUACUGGAGCCAGACGCCGAGUACGUCCACUGGCUGGUAACCAACAUCCCGGGCAACCGUGUGGCCGAAGGGCAGGAGACAUGUCCCUACCUGCCCCCCUUCCCUGCCCGAGGCUCUGGAUUCCACCGCUUUGCCUUCCUGCUCUUCAAGCAGGACAAGCCAAUCGACUUCUCCGAGGACACCCGCCCCUCACCCUGCUACCAGCUUGCCCAGCGGACCUUCCACACUUUUGAUUUCUAUAAGAAACACCAGGAAGCCAUGACUCCAGCUGGGCUAGCCUUCUUCCAGUGCCGCUGGGAUGACUCAGUCACCCAUGUCUUCCACCAGCUUCUUGACAUGCGGGAGCCCGUGUUUGAGUUUGUGCGGCCACCCCCUUACCACCCCAGGCAGAAGCGGUUCCCCCACCGGCAGCCCCUGCGCUACCUGGACCGGUAUAGGGACAGUCACGAACCCACCUACGGCAUCUACUGAGGGCCUGAGUGCCUCCUACCUGUGUGGGUGGGCUGGGCCUCUCAGGCCAUCCUGCGUGGUUCUGGCUGGCAGGAGCAAUAAAGACGGCUCUGGAGGGCCAGGCUGGCAGAAGCAACAAUGACAGGGCUCUGGAGGACCAAGCUGUAGGCUUGGGCCUGGCUUCAGGCCACCCCUCUGUGGCCCUCCCAGCAGGCUCAGGGACGGUGUAGUCAGGUAGAGGAUGUGAAUAAAGAUGGUUUCUGCUGUA